AUGGCUGGCGCCACAGACUCCGCCGACAAGCAACGCAGCAGAGACCAUGGAGGGAGGUCCGAAGGGGAUAACACCACGUACGACCUUCUGCCGAUGCUGCAGCCAACAACGGUCACCGCCGCGGCAACCGUCCUGGGGAUGACGAUGUUUCUCGGAACCGUGGGGAACAUGAUGGUUCUGUACUCCUUCCUGCGGAACAAGGCCCUGAGAACAGCCGCUAACGGGCUGAUAGCGAACUUGAGCGCCGCAGACCUCUUGGCCUGUACCGUGGCAUCACCCAUUGCUCUAGUCGUGGUGCUGAGUCAGGACCCGCUCCCUCCGCCUGUCUGUGAUCUACAGACCUUCUUCUCCACCCUCUGUAACCUGGUGACGCUCCUGAUGCUGGUUGGGAUAAGUGUGGACAGGUGGCUCAACAUCAACUACCCUUUCACGGGGUGA